AUGCCACCUUCAACCAUCAGCUCUCUUCUACCGCCCAUGGCAAAGCCUCAGAAUCUCAAAAGGCGCAAUACAGGCGAACUCGCAGUGGAGAAACUACCAGCAAAGAGGGCCAAGUUCCAAUCCUCCACGCGCAAAGCCAACUACCCUCCCCGAUUCUGGAACACGCUGUCGAGAGUCUGGCUCACGCCUCGCGCUCUACGUGAAUUGGAUCGUCGUAACGCCACGAGGCCUCUCGAUACGGCUACCACAACUGUGGACACCGUGAAAUUGAACAGAAUCGCUCUAUUUGCGAAAGACGGCGGGCCAGACCUUAGCCACCUACGAGGGCAUCCUGAGCCAAACGAAGACGAAGAGAUGAGCCCUAUGCGCUCUGCAUCGACUCGGCGGACGCAGUCUAUAGACCCGUCAGACCCUGCCAUCAAGUAUAAGCGCUCAUCUGCCUACGAUAAGGAUUUCGAGCAGAAAUUGGUGGACUGCAAAAUAUACCCCGAAAGCUUCAAGCAUAAUAAUGCCAGCGAAGCGUCGGAACCUAAAAACUUUGACUGUCUUGUCCGAGGAUUAUCUAAGCGUCGGCCAUCGCUUUCACUCUCUCAGUUCCCAGAGUCGGCUUUCAAGGACUUCAAGAAAGUUAAUGGCCGAGUCAUUUCUAAGGGCAGUGUCAUGGUUAGGAUACUUCCUGAUGUACUUGGCAAGCCUGAUUUCCCAAGCGAAGUCAAUCUUCGCUUUACCAACCUCGAAACAAUGACCGAUGGGACAACUGUUGACUUGGUGCCUGACAUGUUCGAUGGAUCCUUCGUUAGCCACAUCCACAAAAAGGUACGAGAGGACCUCAAAAACAGGAUCAUCCCUACGGGUCACUUUUGUGCCCCGAUCGCGCCCAACUUUUUCCUGGAAGCCAAAGCUCCGUCCGGGGGCAUUGACGUGGGGAGGCGACAGGCAUGUAUAGACGGAGCCCAUGGGGCUCGCGCCAUGCACAGUCUUCAAAACUACGGCAAGGACGAGCCUGUAUACGACGGCAACGCGUACUCAUUCAGUUGCACGUAUCACGACGGCACGCUUAAGAUCUUUGCGCACCAUGUGACGGCCCCGAGGGCUGAGGGAGAGCGGGAAGCGUACCACAUGACGCAACUAAAAGCUUAUGCUAUGAUCAGCGAUCGGGAGGCCUUUUUACAGGGCGUAACUGCACUCAGAAAUAUUCGGGACAUGGCCAGCCAAAAACGGGAAAAGUUACUCAAGGUUGCUAAUGCUAGAGUGUCGAAUGCACCGGGAAUGGCUACCGGAGAGACCAUCGUCGACGAAGAAGAUGAGAGCGACUGGUAUGGGCUGAUCGAUGAAGAAGCAACGGCGCAGCAAGACGCCAAUGAAGAUGUACAGCAGAAACCCGCCGAGGAAUAUGCUGGCGCCUCAAAAGACCGCGGCGAAGCACCUGCGACUCCGGAGCAGCAUUCCUCUGAUGAAUCGCGGGGAUCAGGACAAGAUUCGCCAUCUUCGGGAAGCGACGGCCCGCCCAGAAGCCUCGUCUCAAGCCUUACGUCAGGUCCUGGGACAAACAGCACAGGGACAAAGCGCUCGCUACAGCCAUCUAGUCCCCCCUCGCAAGGCAGCUGCUCACCAAAGGUUCGAUCGCGAUCGACGGCGAGCCGGAGCUCUGGGCCGCCACCUGCCGCCGCUACCAGGCCAGGAGCGUCCAAAUAA